GCCAGGAAGGUCAAUUCUCAUGAAAGUCCACGUCAUCUUGGCGUGCUUGCUUGCCUUUGUCCUUGAAUGCGCCAGCAUCAAGCUGGACGCACACUCGUUCGCGGCUCCGUUCAAAACCAUUGAUAGGACUGGCAAACGCAUUGUGAACUCCACGUGGACCAACGGCGGUUCCACGGAAGUGUUCACAAACUUCAUCCGAUUGACUCCCGACCGUCAAAGCAAGCAUGGCCAUGUGUGGAACAACGCGCCGUUGCAACGUAACACAUUCUCUGCUGUGCUGCAAUUUCGCAUUUCGGGCCAAGGCCAGAAGUGGUUUGGUGACGGUAUCGGGUUGUGGUUGACCAACUCACCUCAUCACGAAGACGGCGACAACCAUGGGUUCAAGGACAAGUACUUUGGCGUUGGCAUCAUCAUCGAUACGUUUGUCAAUUCGGAACACAAGGGUGGCCACAAGGACGUGACGAUCCAAAUCAACGACGGGACGAAGACCACCGAAGUCUUGCAAGACGAGACGAAGAUCGGGUGCGACGCCGCGCUUCGCUACCACGAAGACAGCGCCCACUUUGACCCUGUUUUCAGCUCGUCGCGCCUGCGUGUCGUGGUGGAUGGCGUCAAAUUGAAGCUGGAAGUGGACGCCAAGUCGACGGCCGAGUGGAAGUCAUGUUACGAAGGCGAUUUGCCGCUUCCGUCGGACUGGCUGCAGAACGUGUCGCUGGGUAUCACGGGGUCGACGGGUGGUCUCGCUGACAACCACGACAUCCUGAGCUUCCUGGCAUUUUCCGACGCGGACGAUAUUCAUAUGCAAAUGGCCGACUCGGACGUGUACUGGAACAACUACUCGAAAGAGCAUCACGGUAUAUUGAAGAGCGACCACUGCGACAACUCGUGCAAGCUGAUCAUUUUGGAAAAAUCGCUCGAGAACUCGCGCGUCGACCUCGAGCAUCAGCUAGUCGCACUGAAGGAGCGCACGACCAAGAAUAUUCAGAAGGUCAAGUUGAGGGAGAUCGAGAUCCACGAAAAGCUCGCGGACAUGAACAGGCGAGUGGAUGCGUACAUGAAGCUCAGAGUCAACACGCGUCUCGAUUCGGCCGCGUUGGACUUGGAGAAGGAAGUGCAUGGCCAGGUGUCCGGCAAGGUUGAAGCUGCCGGCGGGUGGCAAGUGCCGUUUCUGUUAGUGUCGUCGGGAGUUCUCGCGGGCUCGUUCUACGUGUACCGAAAGUACAAGGAGCUGCGCAAGUCUCACUUGCUCUAACUCGCAUUGAUUUUUAACAUUAUCUUGGUGUACUUUUCAGUGA